AAUCAAAAUAAGAGAAAGCAAAUAAAUAUAAAAACAAGAGCUGAAAGGGUAAAACUUAUCGUCGCUAGUCUUCCUUCCGAUUGGUGCUUUCUACUGCUUCCUCCCUCCUUUCCAUGGCCGGAUCCCCUCUUCCCGUCGUCGCCGCCCUUCUCUUCUUCGUUUCCUCCCUGGUCUUUCGCGUAUCCCUCGCGACGAUGCAGCCUCUCUGCCCUCGCUUGAGCGUCCCCUUCCUCGACGACCUCGGAUCUCAAUGCCCUCGAUGGAUUGAGCUUCCCUUGCGCCAGGAGGUGAGUGGAGAGACACUCGAGAGAUACCUGAAUUGUGGUGAUCAAUAUUGUUCUGUUCUUUUUGGUGUGUCAUGGUGCCCAUUCUCACGGAACAUUCAACCUAUUUUCGAUGCUCUUAGUUCCAUGUUUCCUCAAAUAAAGCACUUACUAGUUGAAGAAUCUUCUAUCAUGCCAAGUGUCCUAUCAAGAAAUGGUAUUCACAGCUUUCCAGCUAUAAUGCUGAUCAAUCAGACAUCAAGAAUUCGGUACCAUGGCCCAAAGGAUCUCAAUUCUCUGGUCCAUUUCUACAAGAAAAGUACAGGUCUGAAUCCUAUCAUGUAUCUGGCUAUUGAUCAAUCUGGUUCAGGAAAUGUGAAGUCCCCUGUACUGGAAGUUGAGUCUGCAAGCGAGUUAAUAACCAAGGAACCUUACUUAACCUUUGGCAUAAUCUACAUCGGUCUGAAGAUAAUUAUAUGUUCUUUUUCUGCCAUCUACUCCUGCUUCAAAGCUUUCUGGGUCUCACAUGCUUGUCAUCUGAACUUGAGUUUUCUUCGUGAAUCAAGUCAGCUGUUGGAGCAAAUGCUCCAUGUGGUUGAGGUUAACGGGUUGUGGAGCAACAUUAGAUUCUGCAACAAGACAAGUAACUUUCAGAAAGGGGCAAAUAAUGCCCGGGCCUGGGCGUCUUCCUUUACUUCAGUCUCCCUGGGCGAGUCAUCUUCCUCGAGACUAGCCUCUAGUGACUCAUCAUAAUCUUCUCUUUCGAUCAUUGUGGUUAUAACAAGUAUUUGGUGGAUCAAAUCUUCCCCAUACUUUUGUAGGGCAAUGUAGUAUGUUCGCUAGUUAUUUUCUUUUUGUUGUGUAUAUAUAUCUCUCUCUCUCAAGAUUAGGCAUAUAGGAAUUAGAUUACAUGUAAAAUUUUUAGUACGAGUCUUUCUGUAUAUUAUUUACUACAGCUACAUUUUUGGCAAAAUUCAGAUUUGAUA